GAGAGGAGCAGGGCUUCACGGAGCACGGACCACCCAACAUGACGGUGUCCCCCACACCUGAAUAUCCAGGAUUUGGUUCUGACAAUUCAACGCAGAAUAGUGAAGGUGAUAGUUCAUCUGGAAGCCUUGACUGGCUGAACAUCCCCUCUCUGCUCAUUGCCCUGGUUGGGCUGCUGGGGAACGGAGCCGUCUUGUGGUUCCUGGGCUUCCGCAUCCGCAGGACCCCCUUCUCCGUCUACAUCCUCAACCUGGCGGCGGCCGACGCCCUCUUCCUUUGUUUCUCCUUUCUUAGAUCCAUACUUACAUUUUCUGAAUUUUUUGAUUUAACAUGUGAAAUACUGCUUUUCCUCACAUAUAUAUUCUACAUUGCGGGCCUGAGCCUCCUGACCGUGAUCAGCACCGAGCGCUGUCUCUCCGCUCUCUUCCCCAUCUGGUACCGAUGUCACCGCCCCAAACACAGGCCGGUUGCGGUCUGCGCCGGGCUCUGGGCUCUGAGCGGGAUGUUUUGGCUACUACCUUUUGUUCUUUCGGAUAGUUUUCAUCAUAACAUUUUCACCUUCGUCACCAUCCUGGGUACGUGGCUCCUCCUCCUCACCUGUGUGAUGUGCGUGUCCAGCCUGACUCUGCUGCUGAAGAUCCCUUGCAGCUCCCAGCCCCGGCAGCACCCCAGGCUCUACCUCCUGGUCCUGCUCAUGGUCCUCGUGUUCCUGCUCUGCGGCCUGCCCUGGGGGAUCUGGGAUAGCAUGUAUUUUCUCAGCAAAAUAGAUCCCAUAAUGUAUUGGCUUUUUAACCUCCUGGCCUGUGUGAACAGCAGUGUGAACCCCCUCAUUUACUUCUUCGUGGGCAGACUAGGGAAUAGGAGGAGGGAGCCUCUCAGGGUGGUGCUCCAGAGGGCCCUUGGGAAUGAGCUGGAGUUGGGAGGUAGGACAACAAACACCCCCCACACCAGCAGCUCAGAGACUACAUUCUGAGACUAAGAAGAAGAUGCUCAGAUACAGCAGCCCUUGAAAUGAGCUGCCUGCCCCAGAUCCCGUAGCAAUUCCCCUCUCCCUGGGAGGAAAAUCAGGAUUCCCCUGCCAUUAUUUAUGUGGAUGCCUAAGAUGUGAACUCUAGGCAAUGAACAUUUAUUAGGUGCCUAUUGUAUACCAGGCAGCUGCAUAUUCAAAAAGGACAGAACUCCAAGGCCUGGAAUGGGAAGAACUGAGGUCAUAUCCAAUCUAAGAAUGUAGCUGUAUAACCCUGCACAAGUCACUCAACUCUGCUUCAAUUUCGUCAUGUGUAAAGAGAACUAUCAAAAGAAAUGGCAAAGCUCUCAAGUAUCUUUGUCCAGAAAACCCCAGAUAGAAUCCAGGGAGUAGCAGCCGUAGGUAGAGACAUUUUCUAAACUCAUCUCAAUUCAGUGACCUUUCUCCUCGUGGCUAGAGCCUGACCAUUAAAGACUCCAUUGGAUUUAACAGUGAAGUAGGAGAAGGGCUCAAACACAGCUCCAUUUAAGUUUCUCCGGUUAUCUCCCCAGAACAGAUCAAAGAGAGCGCUGACCUGGGACCCCCAAGAAGGGUGGGAUCCCCAGAACGGCCAUGUGUCUCCUUGGUCUGGGGAGGGGAGUUAAAGAGACACUUCCUCUCCUCUUGAGUCCCUUCUGGAGAGCAGGGCUUUCUGGUGAGAGAGAAAAAAAAAAAAAAA